AUGGGGCCCGAAAUACGAACACCACGUUCUGUAACAGCAGAAAACUAUUCGUUCAUAGCUUUGUCUACUUCGGGAUCUUUGCCUUCUCGUUUUCUUUUUCUUCGACGACAUGACCUUCAAACGAGUGAUGGAGAUGGCAGAUAUGGUGCAGUAUUGGACCACGCCAAUUCUAAUGGUUUGCAGUCAAAUACGAAUGAUGAAGAUGUAAGCACGGCUACAAUUAAGGAUAUAAGUUUUUUACAAAGACCAUUAAAACUCAACAGCCUGCAGUUGAUGGAAAUGCGCUUAUGGCACGUAGUUACUUCAACACCCAAAACCAAUGUUACAGUGUUGGCAGGCUUUYUUUUGUCUUCAAUACUUUAUCCGACCGAAUUGGUAAAAAUACGUAUGCAAGAAACAAGCGAUGACACACAUUUUCAAGGUCAAUCAGCAGAUCAAGUUUWUAAAAACAUCUGCAAAUCUAAAGGKUUUAAARGUCUAUAUCGUUUUAUACUAAWACCAUUCGGUAAACAAAAAGAAUACUAUGAUGCUGUAACUGCAAUAGUGGCGGGAUCUUUAGCCGGGAUAUGCUCAUUAUUAGCCAUGUACUCAAUCGAUGUCAUAAAAACCCGUAUGCAGAUGGCAGUAAAAAAGAGUAAAUUCCAAAUGAUUCGAAAUGUAAUUCUAAGUAAUGGUUCACAAGUAUUGUACUCUGGUCUAUUAACAACAAUGAUGAAAACUGUACCGGUCAGAGGAGUUUUGCUACUCACUGUAGAGUUGUACAAAUCAUUUUAUCGAAAAUAUUUAACGGAAAAUCCAAGUCUUCCAUCAGUUUCCUAUAAAAGGCUUUUUUCCAUUUGUGAUUUUGUAUCUGGAUGGACAGCUGRUAUUAUUUCUACAUUAAUUGGAUAUCCAAUAGAUACAGUAAAGAUCGUACAACAAUUAGUGAAUAAUAGUACUAUAAAAAAAACGUUAGAUAUUUACAUUCAAGAUAAAUUCAAAGGAUAUUUUAGAGGAAUGAUGUUUCCGAUCUUAAGCGUGGGUAUUGAGAAUUCGGUAUUUUUUGGAACUUAUGGUAACACGCUGAAAUUAAUCCAAAUACAACGUGACAAUCGAACAAAUAAGAAUAUUGAUGUCAGGUUUUGCAAUGAUGCUGAACAUUUACAUAAGUAUUGGCAUUUGGAUGUAUUUUUAUCGGGUUGUAUUGCCGGUCUUUCUUUUGCAUUGAUAAACACACCAAUAGAAGUUAUAAAAACAUUGUUACAAACAAGAAAUGUAACUUUGAAGCAAGAAAAUGUGGAAAAUUCAAAAAAAGCUUAUCCAUUAAAAACGACCCGUGCAUUUAAAUUAAUGAUCGAACUUUAUAAGGUCAAUAGUAUACGUUCACUAUAUCGAGGAGGAACAUUAUUGUUUAUUAGAGAUGUUCCUAGUAUGGGRAUUUAUAUGCUCUCUUAUGAACAUCUAUGUAGUAUGUUAGUAAAACUAUCAUGUUCUGAAACUAACAUAGAGUGUAUGCCAAAAUAUGUGCAAAUUUUAUCUGGASGUGUAGCAGGCGUACUAAGUUGGGUUAUGGUGCUGCCAUUUGACGUGAUAAAAUCCAAAAUCAUCACAGACAGCAUCAUUCAGCCAUUGUAUAAAGGUGCGUGGGACUGUGCAAAGAAAACGUACAACAAUGGCGGCGUGAUAAGUUUUUGGCGAGGAUUUUGAUUACUCUGUAUACGGGCUUUUCCAGUUAAUGAGAUAGCGUUUGCCACAUACGAAACGAUUAAAAGCAGUUGUAGUGAAAGGAAUAGAAUUGACCAACUCGAGAAAAAUACGGUUGAAUCUAAGUGGAUGUGA